UGACUCGGUGUCUGUGCGUUGCUGAGUUCGAGUGCAGCGUUCAUACUACAAAUGUAUUUUUAUAAGGUGCAAGUAAAAAGCGGUUGGAAAGGAACAGUUUGAAAUCAAGUUUCCAUCGACUUUUCUCUUUUAAUAGGCUGGUAUAUAAUCAUAAUAUCAUAUGUAAAUAUGGUCGACCAUACCAGGGAGUCUGAAUUUGGUUUUCAUCAGUCGGCCUGUCCGGCUGAAGAAAGGGUUGCAGCUGCUACCACUUGCAAGGAUAUGGACAAAAUGAAUAUAAUUUAUGACCAGUGGGCUUUCUUCUAUGACGAGGACAUGAAAGCUCUUGGUUUUCAAGGAUACGGAGUCAUGGGUAAAAGGAUUGCCGAGCUUAUUGGCAACAAGAACGCCAAGAUCUUAGACAUCGGAUGCGGUACCGGGCGCUUCGGGUCGGAGCUUCGCUCACUUGGAUACAACAAUAUUCACGCUGUAGACGGAAAUCACAAUUUCUUGGAGAAAAGUCGUGAGAGACGAGUCUAUACAGAACUUAAACAGUUCAUGUUUGGCCCCAACGUCAUUGCACCUUACGAAGAUGGUGCUUUUGAUACAGUGGUAGCUGUCUCUUCUUUUGGACCGGGGGUAGUGGCUCACACUGCAAUGCCGGAGAUAAGCCGACUGGUUGCGACAGGUGGAUAUUUGAUCCUGUUUAUACGGAAGUCAAGGCUAGAGAUGGAGACAGAACGCUUCAACGUCAAAGCAGUGUUUGAAGAGUGGGUCGCGAGUGGAAAAUGGGAGAGACUUAGUGAUAUCAGCUCGGUUUACUACGCGGGUACUGACGGGGUGGACAAUGAUGACCGUGUGGUGGAGCGUGAUGGCGUCAUCGUUACCCUGCGAAAGUUAAUCAAUUGAAGAUCGUACCAGUGGCGUUUAUCCAGCGUAGAAUGGG